UAAACGGGUAUAAACGAAGGUAUGUAAACACUGGGUAGGUGUGUUCAAUAUUUCCAUGAUCUAUCCAAAUAUAUGCACGGAUUAUUCGUUUAGAUCAUUGAAUUUAACGGUACUGUUUUAAAGAUCAGAUGGUUAUUGACAUACUUACCAAUUCAAGUGCAUCGAUAGUGUUACAAAUACGGGAAGCAACUCUUACUUCUAAACUCAUUAAAUAAGACAUGGGUGCUCGACCAUCAUUCCCAAUCGUGCAGAUCCCGCGGGACCGGAUUGCAGUCGUUACUGGCGGAAAUACAGGUUUAGGGUACGAGAUAGCAAAAUGGUUGGCGAUGAUGGGGGCCACGGUCAUCAUUGGAUGCAGAUCGGAACAGAGAGCAGUUGAAGCUAUAGAACGGAUGAAUAAAGAAUACCAGCAGAUGAAGGAAGAAUUCGGUGAUAAACAUCAACUACAGACGUAUGACAGCCUGGCUGUAAGCUUCAUGCCACUAGAUCUGGGAUCUUUUAAGUCCACCUUACAAUUUGUUGAUGAGUUUAAGAAGUCAGGCAGGAAUUUACACAUACUGGUUUGUAAUGCCGGCAUUGGUAUGGCACCGUAUGAGAAAACAAUUGACGGAUUUGAAAAGAUGCUACAAGUAAACUAUCUCAGUCAUUUUCUUAUGGUUGCUAAACUACUUCCGGUCAUGCGCAAGUCUGGUCCCGAUUGUCGUAUAUUGUUUAUGUCAAGUGAUGCUCACAGAGCGUGCAGUUUUGACGUUGAGACAAUGAAUUAUGAAGGCAAUGCUUCUAAAUUUGGAAGACUAGACUACUAUGGCCGUUCAAAAUUGUACCAGAUAAUGCAAAUGUACAGCUUGGCAAGGCGGUUUAAAGAUACAAAUGUUUCCAUAAAUAGCUCACAUCCGGGUAUUGUCGACACAGAGAUCAACAGGAACUUUCAAGACUCCUUUUUCUGGAGUGUGAUAUUUUUCAAAGGAUCAAAACUGCUCGGUAAAUUAAAGUCACCUAUAGAUGGAGCAUCUAGCAUUAUAAACGCUGCCGUGAACCCUGAACUUGCUGGUGUCAGUGGUAGAUACUAUUAUAAUUGUACAGAUGGUAACCAUACAUCUACAUCAAGAGAUGUGAAUAAACAGGAAGCGCUGUGGAAGCAGACGAUGGAAUAUCUCAAAGAUUAUAUCACCGACGAAGAAAGGGACGUUUUAGAAAACAUAUCAUCUUGACCUUUGUAUAAAAAAAGAGAAUGUUCAAUUACCCAAACGAUCCCUGAAGUAUUAGUUAAUUUACAAAAAUAAUUGCCUGUAUAAAAGAAUAAACAAAGUGUUGAAUGUGAAGAUGGAAACUGAGAAUGACCUUUACCAUCCAGUGUACAAUAAAGAUACAUUUUUGUGGUUGUAUUCUAUGGCGAGUGUGGUCAGUAGACCCUUAUUUGACAUUUUGCGGUAUAACACCCCGGUUAAAUAUUUUGUAGCGUGAAAAGCAUCCGGAAUCUUUUUAACCUCCUCUAAAUGGCCCCACACUGACCUUUCUUUAUUCACUCGCAUAAUAAAAUGCUGUAUUAUUGUUUUUCU